CUCGCCGAAUCCCUUCUCGGUUCCAUUCAUUUCACAUCCCGUUCCCCGAACUUCUACGAGGAUCACCACCUUCCUUACACUCGCGGCCCGCGACGAGAACGGAUAAUAGGCCCGCUGGAUAUCACUCACCCUUCUCGGUAAACAAGCGUGUGAGGACACCUGUUCGUUCUCCUCGCCUCUCCCUCGAUACCGAGUCGCAAAACAGUGGCCUACUACGCUCAUGAGCGCAUUACAUUCUUUUGCCUAUCUCGCAACCGACAGACCCUCGCGACGACAAGAACCUAAGCAAUAUCGUCAUUGCGGUAUCUUUACACGUUCCUUGUGAUAUACGACCAGACCGGGCUUCCACCAUGCCUAGCCACAAGCACCUCCACCGAAGGCAGGGCGGCAGUGGCCGGGAUGAUCUCAUUACCGGCGCCCAGGAUGUAGUGAACGAGCUCACUCCCCUAAAGGAGACGCCUACCUUGGCAGGUAGGGCUCCGGCUCCGGAGACCAUAUUCAAAACCGUCUAUACGACCAUGUCACCCACGUUCGAGGGUCAAAUCGGCGGCUAUUCGACCGUUGGCCGAACUGACGAGGACCCCGAGACCGCGGUCGCCCCCACGACGACUCGAGGAAGGCUAGCGCAGACCACCGCCACAGAACCAAAAGAUACCGGACGGGUAUCGCUGGCCCAAGUGGGGGAGACGACAUCCACAGCAAAAAAAGCAGAGGCCACCAAGACCGAACUUCCCCAAUCCAUCGUGCCCACCGGCACCUUCGAUACCGAGGACCACUCGACACUGGCCCUCGCCAAGAGCACCCCCGGCGUGGCCGCCCUGGGAACCGCAGGCCUGGAGACAACCGAAGCUGCAGCAGCUACCAAUGCCGUAGGUGCCGAUGCUGCGGCCACCGCAUCCACCGGACCUAGUUCUUCGACAACCGCCGAAGCGGCUGCGGGUGUGGACACGAGCGGCGCCGCCAAAGCCGGUAUCGCCAUUGGUGUUUUGGGAGGAAUCCUCGUGGUUGGUCUGCUCAUCUUCUUCCUGUUCAGCAAGCGCCGAAAGCAGCUCGAGAAACAACGUCUCGAGGACGACGAGAAGGUCAAUGGCCAAUUCGGUGCUCGCCCCGUUUCUGUCCAAACCACCGCCACCGCCCCGCAGCUUAGCCUGCGACCUGUUACCGAAUUCAUGCCCGUGUACUCUGAGCGACGAUCGAGUAAGGGUGCCGCGAUCGCGCUCGCGACAAGUCCGGCUAGUGCAACCACCCCUACGACGGCGCGUUCGCCGUGGGAACGACCUGCAACUGGCCAGGCAAACAACCCCGAAAAUCCGUUUGGCAACCAUGCCGAGUCUGCUUACACGCCUACCAGCACCGAUCGGCCAAGAAAUCCCUUUGACGCCCCGGAGAACGUUGUGGGUGUCGCUCAAACCACGGAUGUACCGCCCAAGUCUUCUCCCGUCCCCACUGCGGCGGUUGCAGGUGCUGUAGGCGCUGGUGCCGGACUUGCUGCCGGUGCCGCAGCCGGCGGCGCUCUCGUCCGCCAGGCCUCCACUCGUAAGCAUGCUCCCGCGCCCCUGGAUCUCACCGUACUUGCCGGACCACCAAGCCCGGCUGGCACCGAGUUCAGCGUCAAUUCGGUGUCCCCUGGCCAGUCUCCUGGCCCCUCGAAUAGCGCUGCGGCCAUCGCAGCGGCCGGCGGUCCUGCAUCGUCAACCGUCCACCGCGCUCAGCUAGAUUUCAACCCCACUAUGGAUGACGAGAUGGGACUGCGAGCUGGCCAACUAGUUAGGCUUCUACACGAGUACGAUGACGGCUGGGCGCUAUGUAUCCGACUCGACCGCUCCCAACAGGGUGUCGUGCCGCGAACGUGCUUGUCAACUCGCCCAGUGAAGCCCCGCCCGGCUGGUGGCCCGCCCGGCUCUCGCCCUGGUCCUCCCGUCGUCCCUAAUGGCCAACGUGGGCCUCGAACCCCGGGCCCCUAUCCCCCUGGACAACGGCCGAUGACUCCCCAAGGUGGCCCGCCCCGUCCUAUGACUGCUGGUGGACGCCCGCAGUCGCCAGCCACCAUGCGGCCCCAGUCUCCCGCAACCGGGCGCCCGAUGAGUCCAUAUAGAGGCCCAAUGAGCCCCGGACCUCGACCCCAAUCUCCCGGCCAAGGACCCCAAAGCCCGAGUACGAUGGGCCGGCGGAUGACGCCUCCGGGCCCUAGCCCGAUGAAUCCCAACGGUGGCGCCCCUUCCCAGCAGCCAUACCAAGGACCUCCGCAGGGACCUGUCGGCAGGAAGCCGGUUCCGGGCCAGGCAUACUAAGGUGCUGGGGUACGGGCUUGGACACGUGCCACCCCCCAUUCGACACCCAGCGUGGGCUCAAACCACACGCGAACCGCGUGUGGUAACGAGUCGGUGUGCCUAGAGGAAUGAAUCCCCUCAACCAUGACGAAACCUUGACGAACUUGGGAACGAUAUCCUUUUUCUUUUAUAACCUUUCUCGACACUCGCUUGCGACCUUUAUUCCACAGUUUCCCACUGUUGUUCCUC